AGAGGAGAAAGGGGCCAGUCCUAAACUAAUCCAGGUCUUUGCUGUAUUAUUAUUAUCCAGUACCCGCUCCAGCUGAGACCGAACUCCAGGAACAGACAGCCCGGUGCAAGGCUCAGCCUCCUGCUGUAUGAGUCCAUGGAUUACCUGUGUUUUCGAGCCCUCUGUUGUAAGGGUCCUCCGCCACCCCGGCCUGAAUAUGAUAUUGUUUGUAUAGGGCUGACAGGAUCUGGUAAGACCAGCCUCUUAACACAACUCUGCAGUGAAAGCCAAGAAAAUAUUGUGCCUACCACAGGUUUUAGUAUAAAAGCAGUCCCAUUCCAGAGUGCCAUCUUAAAUGUGAAAGAGCUUGGAGGAGCAGGAAACAUCAGGAAAUACUGGUGUCGCUACUACCAGGGAUCACAGGGAGUAAUAUUUGUUCUUGACAGUGCCUCAUCUGAAGAAGACCUAGAAAUUGCCAGGAAUGAGCUACAUUCUGCUCUACAACACCCACAGUUAUGCACUUUACCAUUUUUAAUACUGGCCAAUCAUCAAGACAAACCAGCCGCUCGUUCUGUACAAGAGAUCAAAAAGUAUUUUGAGCUGGAGCCUCUUGCCCGAGGGAAGCGAUGGGUUCUUCAGCCGACAUCCCUGGAUAACAUUGCGGCAGUAAAAGACAGCUUCUCAAUGUUAAUAAAUUUACUAGAUGAACAAGAUCUUGAACCCAUUCAAAUCUGAAUACUCCAUGGAACAAAAUCCUCAUCAAACUAUACUUCUGCUGGCAACUUAUACAUCAACACAACAGUAAAAGGGCUGAUUGUAUGGCAGAUUAGAUUUUAGAAAAUUUAGGAGGCAGUAACUUCUAUGUUAUCCAUUCGUUUUUAAUCUUUUUAAUAACUAAAUAAAUCCUCCAGUGUGCUACUAGCAGCUUGAGCUGCUACUUAUACUAGCGUCCUCUUGCUCACCGAUAGGCUUAUGUCUGGAAUCCCUUUAUUUAUAGCCUAAAACAAAAUGCUUGUAACUAGCUUUUCAUAAUAUGGAUUUUACAACAAUUUUACUUUACCAGCUAUAUUUUAAUUGCCAUAAAACAAACCUUCACUGCCAAUGCCAUCUAAAGUUUUUUGUUGUCACUACUAUGGCUUAUGUAAUACUUAAAUUCCAGCUUCAUGUACUAUAAUUUAUUAAUGCAACCCCUAUAUAUUCCUUUUCUUCUAUAUAUUUAUUAAGCACUUUAACAACCAUGGUGCUUUUAAGUGUUGCUUUGAAGUGGUUGUUUAUAUAUAUAUAUAUAUAUAUAUAUAUAUAUAUAUAU